GCGGGGACGAUGAGACUCUUCGGCCUGAAGCUGUUCGUCCAGCAGCGGCUCGCGGCGGCUGUGGAGGACAUUCUGGGGCAUUUUGAGAGGACGAUCGCUGAGUGUGAGGAGGAGCUGGACCGCAGACACCGAGCGCUGCUCCACGGGGGGCUGCGCGGAGGAGCAGAAGUUCAGCAGCUGUUGGAGAAUAAAGAGCAGCAGGAGUGGAGCUCCAGUCUGGACCAGGAGGAGCCAGAGCCCCCCCACAUUAAAGAGGAACAGGAGGAACUCUGGACCAGUCAGGAGGGAGAGCAGCUUCAAGGGCUGGAGGAGGCUGAUAUCACCAAGUUCACAUUCACUCCUGUCCCUGUGAAGAGUGAAGAUGAUGAAGAGAAACCUCAGUCCUCACAGCCUCAUCACAGACGUACUGAACACAUGGAGACAGAAGCUGAUGGAGAGGACUGUGGAGGACCAGAACCAGACAGGAACUCAGAUAGAGUUCCAGAACCAGAUCCUGAUGACAAGACUGGAGACUCUUUUGAAGCUGAGACUGAUGUCAGAGAUGAUGAUGAUGACACCACCAGAGAACCUCGGUCCGGUUCAAACUCUCUGAGAAAUGAAGACAUUCCAGUAACCGAUGUCAAAAAUAAUGUUGGCAAAAAAUAUUUUAUCUGCUCUGAAUGUGGUCGAAAGUUUGGCCGCAAGGACAGUCUGCGGAGACACAUGAGGUUUCACACGGGGGAGAAACCAUACAGUUGCUCAGCUUGUGGAAAAGGAUUUUCUCAGAGGCCAAACCUGAUUCGUCACAUGAGGUGUCACUCUGGAGAGAAACCGUUCAGCUGCUCGUUCUGUGACACAAGCUUCGCUGUGCGGAGCGCUUUGGUCAAUCACAUGAGAAUCCACACUGGGGAGAAACCGUUCAGCUGCUUAUAUUGUGACAAAAGCUUCACUCAAAAGGGAGGUCUGAAAAAACACAUGACAGUCCACACGGGAGAGAAACCAUACAGCUGUCCAGUGUGCGAUAAAAGUUUCUCCCAGAAGGCCAACCUGACGUACCACUUCUCUUUGCACACGGGACAGAAACAGUUCAGCUGCAGCGUUUGUGACAAACGGUUCACGUGGCAGUCGCAGGUCAGAAGUCACAAGUGUGUCGGUGAGAGUGGCGGCAACUGAAGCGGCGCGCUCAGAGGGAAAUAUGGAUCGGUACCAGAACCUGUACAAAAUAAUUAAAGACGCAGUAUUGAUCUGCCAUAACAGCCCAUACCUGAUCAAUGCGCCGUUCAAGUUUAAACAUUAUAUUUUGAUCUGCUCAUCCGUGUUUACACAAGCACCGCGAGCUAGCGGCUAAUAGCCAACGCUAACAAACGAGCUCGAACAGAAGCUGUCUAGUUCUGUUAAAAUAUCUAUAGUUUAUUAUGUAUACAUUAGCAUUUGAUAUCUGCUUUAACAAAAGUGUUUGUGACGUCUCACGUGUGGCUUUGACUUAAAACUUAACAUUUAGUCCUCUUUGUAAAAACUCCUUCAGGCCACAAACCACCGUGACUACUAUGGGAUGUCCUCAACCAUCAAUCUAAGCAAAGCUGCCUACUUUACCUAUUUAACUGAUAUUGAUGGCACACAUUUCUAUGAUGGUAUUAAGUGUAUGUUUAAUAAAUAUCAUUCUAUCUUAAUGUGAUGUAAAGGUGAUUAUUUACAGUAAAAACGGAGUGCAAACAUUUCUGAUCUCUGUAAGAGGAAGGUGUUAGAAAUGAGUAUAACUAAGAAUAAA